AUGUCAGGAAAGAAGGUCAACAUCGCCCAAGGUGGAAUGCGCGGGGAGGCUAAGAAAACGAAGGUUGUCUUCAAGAACGUGCUGGACACACCCUUCAACAUUCAAUGGCCAGAAGUGACGGCGGACAACAACGCGAUCGUUUUAGACACUGUCUGCGACAUGGUCAAGUCGAUCCGCGACUACCAUAAUACUCGGCCGAAGCAAGACGCCAAACCCGACAAGAAACAAAAAAAGUCAUCAGCAAAAGACACGGCAGGAUCUGCCUCGUCAAAACCAUCAACGGCCCUCGCAACUCUCGCCAACUCCUCUCCAUCCGCGACAGCAUCAGAACCAAGUACAGGAACCUCAGCAGAGUCAACAGCACCAGCAAUUCUGAAGUCAACUAUUCUCGGAAUCAACGCGAUCACAAAGGCAUUAGAGCGGUCAAUCCAAGAUCUGGCCGCUCACCCACCACCGACCGCGAUUAUCCUUUGCAAGGGUGAUCUGAUCCCAUCCCACCUGUACGCCCACCUCGGACCUAUGAUCGCCAUGUUACCAGGAGUGCUUCUGUUCCCGUUGUUGAAGGGUUCAGAGCGGAGGUUGAGCGAGGCGUUAGGUCUGCCGGCAGUGGGAGCGCUGGCUAUUCAGUCGACUGAGGGCUCGAGGGAGGCUGAAGAUCUGAUCAUGAUCUUGAAGGGGAUGGUGGAACCGAUGACGGCGUCGUGGUUGCCCAAGGUGACACCAAAGCCGCUAGCGAAGGACAAGUCUCAAAAGCAACCUGCAGCAACAGGGCCGAAAAGCGCCACCACUUCAGAAGUAGGAGCAGGAACAGUAUCAGCAGCAGCAACUGCACCAGUGUCAACAUCAGGAAAGACGACAGAGGCGCCAAAGCCUGCAGUACAACAGGCAGAGUUUAUUGCGACCAGCAUCAAAACUAUCAAGACGACUAUGCCGAUUGUUGUCAAGACGCCCAAACCCGCCCAGACCGACAAUAGCACGACCAACAAAAACAAUAAUAAUAACAAGGGCAAUGGACAAGGACAGCAACAACAGCAACAAAAGCAGAAGCAGCAGCAGAACCAGAGCCAGAGUCAUAACCACAACCCUAAGCAGAAGCAACAGCAGCAGGCGAACCAAGGCAAGAACAAGAAGCCCCCUGUAGAAAGCCUCGACGGCGAUCGCGGUCAAGUCAAGAAGGCCAAAAGCAAUUGA